UAAAAUUGAAAAACAGGAACAAACCAUAAGUUGAAAACACCAACGGCUCUUACUAGAACCCCGAGGCUUUCGAAUUUCCAGCGUCAUGCCACCUUUCGCUCUUAUGUUCAAGUUCGCCACAUUCUUCAUUUGUAGAGCAGUGGCAUUUCUCUCUCCCCGAGAUGCAAUUCACAUCGAUGAUCUUGAGCGCUAUGACGCGUUUAUGAAAACAAUGGCCGGGAAUCAGUAUCUCCAUUUAUACCCAGGGAAUCAAGCCAUCAAACUGGAUGUCUACGAGUACCCAUCUGACGAACUUGUCAAAUCUGGCGAAUUUAAGCCAAGCGCAAAGGCCGAUGCCUACUGGGAACAGGAGAAUGAGUUCGAGAAAGAGUUUUUAGUACGGCAGGAAUGUCACAAGGAGGAUGAAUUAGAGUUCAAGAUGAUGUGAUUAAAGGAGGGGCAGGAGCCUCUUAUACAGAAGGGUGUAGACGCAUGCGAUCAGAAUUAUUGCCCAGGUAUUCUCAUCGUACUGUCACCUUAUCAAGGUGGACUGGAAUCAGAAAGAAUAUAUAGAAAGAUUAUAAAGUAAUCCCCUUCAUAGCUAACCAACCUUUUGCCUCAGUAAGUCCCAUCAACGAUGUUAGACAUAUCUUGCCAAAAGCAUCAAUGUCAUCCUUCUGGGCAUCGUGGAUUAUCGUCUCCAAGAAAUUCGGUCCGUUAAUCGUCAGCUAAAGACACAACAAACAAAACUCAAUGUUGACUUACGCGCUCA